AUGCCAAACCAAAGUAUUGUAACUGAGUUUGUGCUCCUGGGGCUUUCACAGAAUCCAAAUGUUCAGAAAAUAAUAUUCACAGUAUUUUUGUUUAUUUAUAUUGCAACUGUUAGGGGCAACAUGCUGAUUGUAGUGACCAUCCUAUGCAGCCCUGCACUGCUGGGCUCCCCCAUGUACUUCUUCUUGGCAUUCCUGUCCUUCCUGGAUGCCUGCUUCUCCUCAGUCAUUGCCCCCAAAACAAUUGUGGACUCCCUCCAGAAGAGGAAAACCAUCUCCUUUGAAGGCUGCUUGCUGCAGAUCUUCGCUGAGCACUUCCUUGCUGGGGCAGAGGUGAUUGUCCUCAUAUCCAUGGCCUAUGACCGCUAUGUGGCCAUUUGCAAGCCCUUGCACUACUCUGUCAUCAUGAACUGGAGGCUCUGUGGCAUUCUGGUGGGGGUGGCAUGGACAGGGGGCUUCUUGCAUUCCAUCAUACAGAUUCUCUUUACUUUCCAGCUGCCAUUUUGUGGCCCCAAUAUCAUCGAUCACAUCAUGUGUGACUUGUACCCAUUACUGAAGCUGGCCUGCACUGACACUCACAUCUUUCGCCUCUUGGUGAUUGCCAACAGUGGGUCUAUCUGCAUUAUCAUAUUUUCCAUGCUGCUUGUCUCCUAUGGUGUCAUCUUUUUCUCUCUGAGAACCAUUAGUUCUGAAGGGCGUCAGAAAGCUCUGUCCACCUGUGGAUCUCACAUUGCUGUUGUGGUUUUGUUCUUUGUCCCAUGCAUAUUUAUGUAUGCACGGUCUCCAUCUGCCUUCUCCUUUGACAAAAUUGUGGCAAUAUUUUGCACUAUGCUAACUCCCUUGCUCAAUCCUUUGAUUUACACUUUUAGGAAUAAGGACAUGAAAAACGCCAUAAGAAAAAUGUGGAAGAGAUUGGUGGCAUUUUCUGAUGAAAAAUAA